GUGACACGGUUGUUUAUAUGGGAAUUAUACUGCAGGGAAGUAUGAUAGUAUAUAAACUCGACAAAAAGGCACUUGCAGAUGUCGACGAUAAUAAAAUCCUCGACGUGUCGAGUUUGUAAAGAUUUCCGGUGUGCGUGUCCGUUCUAUUACAUUUAUACGACAACAUACUCGUGCAUAAUAUAUUGAAUAAUAUUACACGUCGGUCAUAAUUCGUUUCAAGUUUUUCGAAAAGGAUAAUAUGGUCGUGUAGAUAAAAAUAAAACAUUAGUGAUACAGUUACGAGUGUUACGAUGCGUGUUGUUCAAGCCUGGGCAUUAACGAGUUAAUGAGUUACGUGUUAAGUUAAAAGUUAAGUUAUGUUAACUUAUUAACUUAACUUAAUUCCUUCAGAUAAAAUUAACUUAACUCGUUUUCUCCAAGGUCAAAUUAAGUUAAUUUUGAAUUUCAAAACCAGAAAAACGUUUUUGUUCAAUGCGAAGUUCGAUUAGACAAGUUCAUAGAAUCUGGAAAAUUGUCAAAGAUAAAAUAAAAGAUUCCGAAGAAUAAUAUAUUUUUAUUAAAAGACAAGAACGUUUUGAGCGCAAUGAUAGGGGGGUACCGGGAAACAAUAUUCGGAUCGUAUAAACGACCGUGAGUCAGUGAUAGCCAAUAGGCCGUAAGUUACCAUUAAUAGCAACGAGUCCGCGAAUUAUAUUGUUGUUGUUGCGAAUGGUAGCCGUCUACCUUAUCUAAUAUAUACAUACAUGCAUACAUAAAUAUGUUACGUAUUAGUAUUAAUAGUAUUAUACAUUUUGCUCAUGUCCCUACGGCUUGCUCCCGCGCAAACGACACUACCGCGUUAGCCGCUGUGGUGUUGAUUGUUGUUAUUGCGGUAUUGCGUAUUAUUUUACGUUUCGCAUUAUUAUAUUCACUAGAAAAACGACGCACAGCGCAAACGAUCAACAUUUUCGUUUUGUCACACAAAUCGCCGUUAUUGAUUAUUAAAUACGGACAAUAGUUAUCCAAGCAAGUCAUAUUAAUUACAGAAAUAUUACGAUAUUAUUAUCAAUAUAGUUCUAUAAAACAAUACCUAUUGAACAAAUGAAUUGAUUAGGUUGGUAUAUUGUAGUGCCUAUAUGUACCUGUACAAUAUGCAUACGUAUAUUGUCCGUACACCGUAUACGUUUUCGGAAACCGGCUGUAUGGUUUAUAUUCAAAAAUAUAUUCUGUAAUACUCGUACUAAAUAGUAGAUAUUCGGGAUAUUUUACAAUUCCUUAAUUUUAGGAACAUCCUGCAUUUAUAAACUAUUGUAGUGUGACAUCUAAUAAAGUUCCUGCAUCACGUAGAAACUUCAUGCGUGAUGUAUAA